UAAUCAAAAUGAGUUACCUUCAAUUAAAAAACCCAACUUGAUUAGUGGAAUAUAUAUAGAGACAAGUUGAAUACUCUGUUUUCAUAUUUUAGCUCUGCUGCACUCUUCUUUCUUAUCAAAUUUUCUGGUCCCGCUCCAUAACAUUUCUUCUUUCUUUUUACUUUUCUGGACCAAGUAUCCUCAAAAAUCAACUUGGGUUCUUUAUUUCUUUUAAGACUUAGAUUCCAAAGUUACCAAAAAAUAGCUAAUUUAUGCUCUCAGUUAGGUGACUGUGAAAAGCACUGGUUUUUUUUUUUUCUGAGAGAGAUAUUUAUUCUCUAUCCCUUUUUCCACAAAAGCCAUUUGCUUGCGUUUGGUUUUUUUUUUUUUUUUAACUCUGCAACUUUUUUGCUCACAAAAAUUUCAUCUUUUUUGGCUCACUCUUGGUUUUCUCGUCGUUUGAUGAACUUUUUGAUGAAGAGAUUAAUGGUGGAUUUCUCUUCGUUUCAAGCUUCUCUUUAACGUGUUUGUUCUUUCUUUCUUUCUUUUAGUUCUUCAGCUUUCCCUUUAUUCUCCUCGUGUCUCGACUCUCAAAGCUCAAAGGAAUCUCUUUCCUUUUGAUCUUCCUUUUUAUUUCACUUCCUACUCUUACUUAAAACCACAACAAAAAAAAAACCCAGAAAAACCCAGAGAAAAUGGAUCCUUGUUCAGUUUCUUUAAUCAAAUACACUGAGCACCGCAAUGAAACUAAGCUCCUUUCGCCAUUGGUAAAUGGAAGAGUCGAGAAUAAGCCAGAAAUGAAGCCUCGAAUUGUACGAAUUUCAGUUACUGAUGCUGAUGCUACUGAUUCUUCUAGCGACGAUGAAGAAGAAACACGAAUGAUACGACGCCGUUCUAGGAACAGAGUCAAGAAGUUCGUCAACGAGAUUACCAUUGAAUCAACAAAUCCCACAGAGUCGAGGUGUGUUCGAAAAAAGCCGGCGGCGGAGAAGUUAAAAGUUAAAGCGGCGGCGAAAGUACCGGCGGGGAAGAAGUUUAGAGGGGUAAGGCAACGACCUUGGGGAAAAUGGGCAGCGGAGAUAAGAGACCCGUUAAGACGUGUGCGGUUAUGGUUAGGUACCUAUAACACCGCCGAAGAAGCAGCAAUGGUUUACGACAAAGCGGCUAUUCAGCUACGUGGUCACGACGCCCUCACCAACUUUACAACUCCUCCGAUGAAAGACGAAAACAUCAGCCAAAAACAGUUAUCCAGUUCCGAUUACAACUCCGGCGAAGAAUCACACAACAGUUACCUUUGCUCUCCGACUUCCGUUCUCCGUUGCCCUUCGCUUUCCAUCGACGAAGUCGAUUCUCAAAGCUUCGAAAAAUCGCGCGAAACCAGAAACCGACCUCGAGACGUCCCCGACGAUUCUUGCUGCAUAUCGGGAGAAAACUUAUCGGAUUUCUCCGAACAUUCAUCCUUGUUCGCCGGCGACAUAUUCAGUUCAGUGCCGAGUUUGUUCGACGAUCAUACAAGUUUACACGAAGGGUUUUUGAAAGAUGAUUUUGGUUACGGGUAUUUGAGUUCGGGUGGGGAUUUCGAAUUCGGGUUUGGUACCUUCUCGAGCUGGCAAUAUGUAGAUGAUCAUUUCCAAGACAUCGGGGAUUUGUUCGGGUCGGAUCCUCCGUUUGCCUUUUGACAGUGGUUUUAUUUAUGUUUUUUUUUCCUUCUUUACCCCUCGUGUAAUGCCGGUUUUACGGUAAGUUUUGUAUCGGCGGGAACUGAAAAUACCGUAUUUGUGUUUUUUAAUUUAUUUUAUUUCUUAGAUAA